AUAAAAGAAGAGCGUUGACGUUAAAUGACUUUGACAGUAACAUAAAAUGACACCAAUAUUUUGAUAAGAUAAUAUAGUGAAAAUUAAACGAUAUGAUGCAAUUCAUGUUACUGUUUAGCCGACAAGGCAAACUUAGGUUACAAAAAUGGUACGUGGCGCAUCCCGAUAAAUUGAAGAAAAAAAUAACACGAGAAUUGAUCACCACUAUUUUAGCGAGAAAACCGAAGAUGUGCAGUUUUUUAGAAUGGCGAGAACUGAAAGUCGUAUAUAAAAGAUACGCCAGUUUAUAUUUUUGUUGCGCUAUCGAGCAAUGCGACAACGAGCUAUUAACUUUGGAAAUAAUACAUCGUUACGUCGAGUUACUCGAUAAAUAUUUCGGUAGCGUUUGCGAAUUGGACAUUAUAUUUAAUUUUGAGAAAGCUUAUUUCAUAUUGGACGAGCUUAUGUUGGGUGGAGAAGUACAGGAGACGAGCAAGAAGAACGUAUUGAAAGCCAUCGCAGCCCAGGAUCUUUUACAAGAGGACGAAGCCGUUGAAGGUGCUUUAAGGGAUAUCGGUUUGCUGUAAAGUGCCACGUUGCCAUUCUACUUGCUGAUCGUGAUUAAUCGGACCAUUAAUCGACAUUUUUUUUCCAUAAAAAUAAAUAUAUAUAUUUUUUCUACAAAAAUAAACAUAUCGGCAUAAAUGUAGUAGUUGUAUUUCAUACGUAUCUAACAGUAGUUUGAAAAGGAUAAGUUGUCGAAAAAAAAUACGACGUUUCGAUCGUUAAAUCGACAUCAUCGGAAACUAUAUGGUUUUUCAACUAACCCCCCUAUAUUAAAUCGGUUAAAAAUCGUUUUAUUUUUUUUUUCUUUCAACUUAUCCUUGUAUGUAAGCAUCGAAUUGUAGUUUUUCUGUAUCUAAACUCACUUUUAUUUUAUUUUUCUACUAAAAACAAAGAUGUCUUCCUUUCUAAUUAUUUUUUGUUUUUCUCAAUAGAUUUUUACAAUUUUUUUCUAUCUUUUUAUUAACAAUUUUCCGUUUAACGAUCACGCGAACGCAGAUUUAAACGUUUCUCUUCUUCUUUUUCCUUAUCACGUUACAAUUAUACGGGGGUGAUUCAAUAAUUCAUAUUUAUUUACGUUUUUUUCUGUGUUGCGUGAUUUUUCCUUUUUCGCCGCCUCGCCUUCGACUAAUAUCUAUUUGGACUGGGUGUAAAUGAUUUUUUUUUUGGUGAUAAGUGACGUAAAUGACAAUAUGAAAGUGGAUAAAGCAGUGAUUGUGAAGGAAUGACGUCAUUUAGGUACGUAAAUAAUUUUAUCCACGUUCAUAUUGGUUCGAAAUCGAAAAAAUAAUUGUACAAAAAUGUUUGUUCUGUUGUUCUAGGAGGAAACGCCCCAGGGAUUUUUCGAUGAUCACGGUCUUGGUUAAAUGACCUACUCGUCGAGAAUAUUUUAUCUAUUAGCCCGAAUAAAUUUCUCUUUAGUACCACUUUUUUUCAUAAUUUUUCGAUUUCAAUUUAGUACCAUCACCCUGUAUGUUGUUACUACGAAAAACAUAAUUUUUUUUUAAAUAAAUUGAAAAAUACUCGCUGUAAA